AAAUCUCUACUUCCUCAAUCUUAAACUGGCUCGAUACGUCUCUCGCCUCUCUACUCUCACUAGCUAGACUGUUAAUUCGUCCAAGUUUUGGAUUUCCUCGGUUAACUGGUAGCUGAGGGAUCAAAUACAGCUGCUGAAGAAGUUAAAGGGAUUGACGUUAAUCGUAAACCAUUUGAUAGGAAAAUAAGGAGAUUAGUUAAGGAUAAAUCAAAGAGAAAAAAACAGAAAAGACGCAAUACAAUAGGGUGCAAGUGUAAAUUUCAAUUCCAAAAAACACAGCGUUAAGGUUCUCCUUUUACUAACUGGAGUACUACUAAUGUAAGCGUUGCCUUGCCAAAUCGACAACAAUUCAAAGUCUGUAACUCGACUCUGGCUCUGAGUACUUGGGAAGAGUUCUCUGAUGGCAAAUGAAGAAGUCAUCGCUGUUAAAGAUGCUAUCCACAAGCUGCAACUCUAUCUUCUUGAAGGCAUUAAAGAUGAAAACCAACUCUUUGCUGCUGGGUCUUUGCUGUCUCGGAGAGAUUAUCAGGAUGUAGUAACUGAACGAUCAAUAGCAAACAUGUGUGGUUAUCCUCUUUGCAGCAACUCUCUGCCUUCUGAAAGGCCUAGGAAUGGACAUUACCGGAUAUCAUUGAAGGAGCAUAAAGUUUAUGAUCUUCAUGAAACAUACAUGUACUGUUCAACAAACUGUGCUGUCAACAGUGGAGCAUUUGCCCGUAGCUUGCAAGACGAGAGAAGCUCUACUUUAAAUACAGCAAAACUUAAUGAAGUCUUGAAGCUAUUUGUGGGAUUGCAUUUGCAUUCCACAGAGGAUGUGAAGGAAAGUGGAGAUCUAGGAUUAUCCAAGUUGAAGAUUCAGGAAAAGGUGGAUGUAAAGGGUGGUGAAGUUUCAAUGGAAGAGUGGAUGGGUCCAUCUGACGCGAUUGAAGGCUAUGUUCCCCAGAGAGAACGAAAUUUGAAGCCAGCACUGUUGAACAACAUUAAGAAAAGUUCCAAGAAUAAGCAGGCCAAACUCCAAAAUGAGAAAAACAUGAUACUACAUGAGAUGGACUUUUCCAGCACUAUAAUAACUCAAGAUGGUUAUAGCAUUUCAAAGUUACCAGCACCUGUAAAUGCUGUCUCAAGUAAAAAGGUUAAAGAAGCACAAACAAGAACAAGCUAUGAAGUUAGGGAUGUUGAUGUUUCUAUAUUGGGGAAGCAAGUUGAUGCCUUGCAGUUGCAUUCUGGAGAAGAAACAGAAAAGACAGAUUCGAAUAAUAGAAGUUAUAAGGUCGAUAAAUUUAACACUGGAGAAGUGUCUUCUGGUCCUUGCCAACAUGAUGUCAAGAACAAAAGUCUUGAGGUACUAAAUAUGUCUGAUGCUGGAAGAGAAUAUGCAUCAGAUGAUGCACGUGAAAAACAAUCACUCAGAUCUUCUCUAAAAUCCUCAAAGUACAAGAAAAUGGCUCGUUCAGUUACUUGGGCUGAUGAAAAUGUUGAUAAUGGCACUGGAAAAUUAACGGAGAGUUCAUCCGAAAUAUCAGAAAAAGGGGAUCAAGCUAAUAGGGAAUCAGGCCCUACAAACAUGGAAGAGGAUGAUGAUUCAUAUCGAUUUGAAUCUGCAGAAGCAUGUGCAGCAGCACUAAAACAAGCAGCAGAGGCUGUUGCCUCAGGUUCUGAUGUCCCUGAUGCUGUGUCCACUGCCGGGAUUAUAAUAUUACCACCUCCAAAAGAAGUGGAUGAAGCAGUACUUAAGGAGAACGAUGAGGUGCUUGAUAUAGAACCAGCUCCUUUAAAAUGGCCAAGAAAACCAGGGGUGCCAAAUUAUGAUGUUUUUGAAUCAGAGGACUCUUGGUAUGAUAGUCCACCAGAGGGGUUUAAUUUGAAUCUGUCACCUUUCUCUACGAUGUUUAAUUCUCUCUUCACAUGGAUAUCAUCAUCGUCCUUGUCAUUCAUAUAUGGCAAUGAUGAAAGCUUUAAUGAGGAGUAUUUGUCUGUCAAUGGAAGUGAAUAUCCUCGCAAAAUUGUGUUAUCUGAUGGCCGGUCAACUGAGAUCAAGCAGACUCUUGCUAGGUGUCUUGCUCGAGCAUUACCGGGAUUGGUUGCUGACCUUAGGCUGCCUGUACCAAUAUCAGUUUUAGAACAAGGACUGGUUCUCUUGAUAGAUACAAUGUCUUUUGUGGAUCCACUCCCUGCAUUCAGGAUGAAGCAGUGGCAACUAAUUGUUCUUCUGUUUCUGGAUGCUCUUUCCAUAUGUAGGAUACCUGUACUGACUCCAUAUAUGACAGGCAGAAGGACUUUGCUUCCAAAGGUGCUUGAUGGUGCUCAGAUAAGCGCAGCAGAAUAUGAGAUCUUGAAAGAUCUAAUCAUUCCACUAGGCCGAGUGCCUCAGUUCUCAAUGCAAAGUGGAGGCUAAUUUGAUAUAAUACGGCUUUCCAGACUUCCUUCUCUAAACUUUCAUGAGAGAAAGUUGUUCCGGAAAGUGUGCCCAAAAGUCAUAAUUAUAUUUGGUGGUUGCAACUUCUGUUCAUAUCUGUUUAUGUUUUAUAGAGAUGCUAUGUCGUCAAGGCACUGAUGUACUUUGAUGAUUCAUUAUUGACGAGAUUCUCUUUGAUACCAUUCUUCUGCGGGCUAAUAACAUUUUUGGUUUGAGGUGUAAAGAGGGGUUGAAUGAGUGGAAAACUGGAAAUACAUAGAGAGGGAAGCAUCAUUUUCCUCAUGUGGUAAGAAGUAAAAGAGGACUGAAGGAAAAGUAGUGACCCCACAGUUUUUCGAAACCAUCUAGAAGCCGGCGGGAAGGAGAAAGUGUCUCAUUUUUACUUCCUUUCUAACAGUAUUAAAUGAUUGGAAGUAAAUCUUCUAUACUCAGUCUAAGUGAAGUAAGUGAACAAUUUUCUAUUUCCUUUACCUUUUCCUUCUCCUGCCUGAAACCAAAUAGGCUUACUACCUGUGGUAAAUAUACAUUGGAAGGUGUCUUUUGUUCUGGUUUUGCCACUGCCAUUUAUUAGUCAGAGUAGUUUCUUUAAAUGGUUUUAAUACUAAACCUUCUGUAGGUUCUCAAGUAAGAUUGCUACUUGGUCAGAAUACCUAAAGGGUACAAUCCUAAUGCCUUAAAGCUGGAGUUCAGAAUAUUUGUUUCAUUGAUGUUUCAGUUCUUGAGAAUGUCAGGAAUGGGUGAGUGGGAAGGCGAAGGAAUAGGUCGAACUUAUAGGUGAUGUAACCAGAAAAUAUUGAUGUUUACUGUCAAUUAGACAAUUUAACUUUCAUAGUUAUAAAUUAAAGUAUGAA